GUGAUCAUCAAAGACUACAUGAAAAUCUGGUGCGUCCCUUUUAAGAAGCGUGAAACCUCGCCCCCUUCCUCAGAGCCUCACUCCCAGCAACCCUGGCGGAGAGGCGGCACCUUUCCUGGAGGAGGGGAGCACCGCCCCUCGCCAGGUCCUGGAGGCCUGUGAACUACAUUACCCUGAAGGCUCUGCCCCCGUUCCUCGGCGCCCCUGGACCAAUAAAGGCUCAGUAAAGAGGCACUUCCGAGCUAGAGGACUGCGUCUGGGCGGCUUUUCCGGCGUCUGCCGUGGUCGUCAUUUUGUAAACUCGGAUGUGUUCAAAGGUGGGGAACUUAGCAACGCAGGGCCGGCCCGAGGUCAGGGAGUCAGGAAGGCGCUGUGCCCGCUGCUCUGAGCUUAGUCUGAGGCUCGGCGUGGUUGCUCUUUGGCCUGACUCUCUCUCGGGGCCGGGAGGGGCGUCCGUGCUCGGGCCCCACCUUCGCCCACAAACUCUAGCGACGGCGACAGCCCAGAUGUGUCGGAUUCAGGGCCCUGUGACCUUUGAGGACGUGGCUGUGUACUUUUCCCAGGAGGAAUGGAAGCUUCUUGAUGAGGCCCAGAGACUCCUGUACCGCGAUGUGUUGCUGGAGACCUUUGUACUUGUUGCGUCAUUGGGUUGUUGGCAUGGAGCAGAGCACAAGGAGAUAACUUCUGAGCAGAAUGUUUCUGUAGAAGUGCCACAAAUAAAUACUUCAAAGACAGACCUGUCCAUCUGGAAGUCCUAUCCCUGGGAGAGGUGCUGCCUGGCCUUAGACAGUAGUUUGUGUGUAGCUGAAGACCUGGGAACAAUUCCUGUCCAGAAACUGUGUGUGUCAGGUGUGAAAUUUCACCAGCACAGUGGAGGGAAACCCUUUAGAAGAGACAUGGGUAAGACCUUUAUGAGGAGCAACAUAGUCCAUGCAUCCAAGAACUCUUUCACAUGCCAGGAGGCUGGGAAGGAUUUCCCUGGUAGCUCUAGCCUUCUCCAGCACCAGGUCACUCCACAAAAGGACGCCAAGUGUGCAGAGGCCUUUCACAAUGGACAUAGCCUCUAUAAAUACUAUGUAUGUGAGAAAGCCUUCAGCUGCAAACACAAACUGGCUCAUCACCUGAGUGUCCACACUGGAAAGAGGCCUUACGAAUGCAGUGAAUGUGGGAAAACCUUCAGCUUUAAAGGGAUACUUGUUAAGCACCAGAGAAUCCACACUAGAGAAAGGCCUUAUGAGUGCUGUGAGUGUGGGAAAGACUUCAGCUGGAAAAGCUCGCUCGUUCAGCACCAGAGAGUCCACACCAGAGAAUGGCCUUAUAAGUGCAGUGAAUGUGGGAAAGCCUACAAACACAAAAAUUCACUUGUUAAGCACCAGAGAGUCCACACUGGAGAAUGGCCUUAUAAGUGCAGUGAAUGUGGAAAAGCCUUCAGACACAAAAAGUCACUUGUUCACCAGAGAGUCCACACUGGAGAAUGGCCUUAUAAGUGCAGUGAAUGUGGGAAAGCCUUCAGACACAAAAAGUCAUUUGUUGAGCACCAGAGACUCCAUGUUGGAGAACUGCUUUAUAAGUGCUGUGAAUGUGGGAAAACCUUUAUUUCUAAAGUAAACCUUUGUCGUCACCAGAGAGUCCACACUGGAGAAAGGCCUUAUGAAUGCAGUGAAUGUGGAAAAACCUUCAUUUAUAAAGACAGUCUUGUUCGGCACUGGAGAGUCCACACUGGAGAAAGGCCUUAUGAGUGCAGUGAAUGUGGAAAAGCCUUUAGCCGCAAAGACUCACUUGUUAAGCACCAGAGAGUCCACAGUGGAAAAUAGCCUUAUAAGUGUAGUGAAUGUGGGAAAACUAUUUUUUAAAAAAUAUUUAUUGAUUGGUUGAUUGAUUUAGCUGUGCUGGGUCUUAGUUGCAGCACCCUGGAUCUUUGAUCUUUGUUGCGGCAUGCAGGAUCUUUAGUUGAGGCGUCUUUGGUUGAAGCCCAUGGGAAACCUUUUAAAUAGCGACCCACUCACACUUGUUUGGCACCAGUGAAUUCAUAUUGGAGAAAGGCCUUAUGAGCACAGUGAAAGGGGAAGUUCUUUAGCCAAAUCUCCAACCUUAUUGUACACCAGAGAAUUCACACUGGCGCAAAGACUUCUGAGGGCAGUGAGUGUGGGAAGUGAUUUAGCCAAACUGCUCUCGUUUUACACAAGAGAGUUUACACUGGGGAAAUGCCUUAUAAGUGCAUUGAAUAUGGGAAACAUUUUAGUCAAUACUCCACUGUGAUUAAGCACCAGAGUUCACACUGGAGAAAAACUAUAUGAGUGCACUGUAUGUGGAGGAUUCUUCAGCCAAAACUCCCAGCUUACUCAACACUGAAAAGCUCAUGCUACAGAAAGGCAUUGCCAGUACAGCAAAAGUGGAAAAUUUUUCUGUCAGAGUCUGCUCUGACUGAGCACCAGAAACUUAACAGCCCAGAUGGAUCCUGUGAGCACAGUGAACGUGAGAAAGCUUUCAGCUGAAGGUCUAACCUCAUUCAUCAUCAGAAAGUUCUUACUGGAGAAAGGCCUUCAAAUGAGAUGAGGAGAGCAGUGAAUGAGCUGUCUCCUUAGUUAAUACAUCAUACUGAAUAGGCUCUGUGAGGGACUCAUCAUCUGGAAGUUGAAUGCCAUACAUCUGAACAGCCCUAGUGUGCAGAUUGCCUAUAAGUUCCAGGUUCAUAGGAAGCUUUUAAGGAGCUGUGCUCUACUUCUGACCUGUGCAGGGCCCUUGCCAUACUUAAUGUCACUGUGAGUUUCUUAUCUCUACUAAGUGGCAGAUCCCAAUACUGGAAUCAGUCACCUCAGUGUGAUCAGGGUAGGUUGGCUUUUGUGCUCUCCUAUCCCUUGUAGAAAAGCAUGGAUACCCUGAGCACUUGGGUUUUGUCAUUCUCUUAGUUCCUGUCAACUGCCUAUGACAGGACCAAAGCAGCUUUGAUCAUGGGGAUCCAGUCCAGUUUCUCCUGGUGGCUCACAGUGGUUUGCCUUCUUUGGUGGCAUUGUCUAAUACCAUGCUAAUGGUGGAUUUUAUUCAGGUCCAAGUCACCCUGUUUGGGAAUUAUCUGCCUCAGUUUUUCUGCUCUAUGCCAUAAUAAAAACUAUUAUUUAAGCCACCUUUCAUCUUGGGGUUUGUCUACUUUUAGACUGAUGUUGAGAAGCAAAUUGGACUCUCAGGAUGAAGAGGAGUAGGUUUUGUGGGUGUUCCAAAGUUUGUAUACCUCACUGGGGAUAGUAUCAUGGAGAAUAGUUUUCACUAAUUUGAAUUGUUGUUGAAGGUUUCCUGGGGUAGACUGCAGGGCUCUGUGGGACUAAUGUUGUGACCUGGAUGUUAGAAUUUUUGGUGGGUCCCGAGGUCACCCUGAGAUGAGGACAGUUGUAUGAACCACCAGUGUUUUUUGGAGCUGCAUAAGUUCUCUUUUUUCACAUGGGAUGUCACAUCAUGACCCCAGUACCGUUCAAGAGAAAAGUUCUCUAGGUCCAGCUGGAAAAGAGCCGUGUGCCAUAAUGUCCACGUGUGCUAUGAUGUACGCAAUGUGGUAGGCUGGUGUUCAUGAGUGUUAGAUUACAGAUAUCAGGAGGGAACCAUAUUUGGUACAGAAACACUCUGGGAAUUAAUAGGAUGUGAGAGACUAGCAACAAGAAGGGAUGAGCCUUUUCUAAAGCUGCAUCCACGAAUGUUCCCAUGACUGGCUGUUUAGGAUAAGGUUUUUGCAGAAAUUCUCAGGAGGUACAGAGCUACUUCUCUCCCCCUGAGCCCCCAGUCUGUGUCAGACUGAAUAACGUAAAGGUUUUAGGAUUUCUAUAGCAUCUGCCAAUUUUUUAUCUGAAGUCCACUGUUGCACAGUGAAGACAAUGGGGAAUGAGAGUGGAAAUCAUGUAGUUCAGGCAUGUGAAUUUUAGGACCCAGGCAGAGUUCCUGGAUAACUUAAGUGGAAACACGUUUUAUUGCUCACCAGUCUUCAUUGCUGCUGUGACAGAAUCCCCUCAUGAGAGUAGGAGAGGUGAUGGAAUUGAGCUGUGGUUGCCACAGUUUUACUGAAAAGAGAUUCAGAAAAGAAGUUCAGAUUUUUAUGUGAAACCAAUUCCUAUUACAAUUUAAUUGAGCUGUAUAGUUUGUAUGCAUUGAAAUGAACAUACCUAAAAUGUACAGCUUGGUAAAUUUUAAUACUUCUAAAGCCAUGGAAUCAUCAUCAUAAUAACAAACAUCCAUCAUUCCCAUAUCAACUUCUGACAUCUCUCCCAGGACUCUCAGGUAGCUAGUAUUGAUUUACUUUUUUUUUCCCCCCAGCUAUGCUGCACAGCUUAUGUGAUCUUAGUUCCCCAACCAGGGAUUAUACCUUGGCUGUGGCAGUGAAAGCACAGAUUUCCAAUACCUGGCCUGCCAGGGAAGUCCUUUGAUUUACUUUUUUCCCAUUCAAUUAGGUAGUGUUUUCUAGACUUUUAAUAUCACUGUGAUCUUAAUGUUUACUUUUGUAUUUGUUUUCUUCUUUCACGAUGCAUAAUUAUAUUGAGAAUCAUCUAAUUUGUCUACAUGAAGAGACCAUUUUUUUAAUAUCUGAAAAAUGUAUUGUUUAAAUAUACCAACAUUUGACUGUUUAUCCAUCUCUCUGUUAAAGGAUGAGGUUUUGUGGUUUGUUUCCAGUUUGGCUAUCACAGAUAAGCUUACUAUGAACGUGUACAUAAAAUUCUUUAUAUGAACAUAGGGAUUCUUAGUCUAAAGUGAAUGGCUGUACCCAUUUGCAUUCCCAUCGGCAGUAUGGGAGCAUUCCAGUUCCCCUGUAUUCCUUACCAGAACUAGGUAGGUAUGGCCUGUAUUUUUAAUAUUAUCUGUUUUAAAAGUGUGGAGAUGUAUCUCACUGUGGUCUGAUUGUAUUUCCCUAGUGAUUCAUGAUGUUGAACAUUUUUAUGUUCUUUUGUCAGAUGUAUGUCUUCUUUUUAGUACAUAAGAAGACAAUAAAUGUGUUGGAACUUGA